UUCUUUUAAUCUGGUUUACUGUCCCCUGUACGUUGGCUCUCUGUUGUCCAUUAGAAUUUGUGACCAGUCCGUAUGAAUCAACGCUAUGGCAGCUCGCUCAGCUCAAUUUAUGAAUAGAAUGGGUCAAUUUCCUGGUCCGAAAAAAUUCAAACAGUAUAUUGUUUGUCAUGUCAUACUAGGCAUAGUACUCUUUCUGAUAUACUACAGAGUAAAUGGCGGCAUAAUACCUUUUUUUCUUAUCAACAAGAUACCACUUUUGAAGAUAGGUCCAGGGACACCAACAUUGUAUUAUUUCACCAAUGCAGAAAAUGAUGGUGUCAAUAUUAAAUGGUUUCAUGGAGCUAACAGCAGACUUACGUUACGUAAGGCAAUGAAAGGUGAAGCACAAAUGGUGGAAGCUGAUGUGAUGCUUCAAGGUCAAGGUACAGAUAAACAGAGUUUAGAACCAAUCAUGGCUAAGUUACCUGAUACUACUAGUGAUAUAAACCUGGAGGAAUGGUUAGCAUUAUUUGUUACUACCAAAAAGAAAGGAUUUAAGUUAGACUUCCAGUCAACAGAUGCUGUAGAAAUUACUUUGGAGAAACUGAAGGCAGUCAAACAUAAACUACAAGUUCCAGUGUGGUUACAUGCAAAUAUUAUAAAAGGUCCUCUCGGCCAUGAACCAAGAGUCGAUGGCAUUAGAUUCAUCAAACAUGUCCAAAGAUUGUUUCCUGAAUGUACACUUUCAUUAGGAUGGACAACAGGAACUCAUACAGACUUAAGUCAGAUAGGAUACACAUGGAAUAUGACCCUUGACAUGUAUCAUUUUGUACAUGCCCAUGAGAUUGAACCUCCCAUUGUAUUUACUGUUAGAGCUUCAUUGAUAAGAAACUCUGUACCUCAGUUAAAAUGGCUGACCGACAACACUAGAGGUUCUAUAUUGGUAUAUCAACCAGAGGAGGACAAACAACAUGUGAAUAAGGAGCUCAUGCAUAUAGCUUAUAGGUUUGAUCCAGCAACAUCUUUUUGGGAUAUCAGUAACCCAGAUCUGGAUGAAUAUCUCAAUAAGAAUCGUCAUCUAUCCAAAAACGAGUUAGAUCCGUUAGUUCACAUGAGAGAUAAUGUUGCUUUCAGGCCCAUGCAAUGGUUAAAGAUGGGACUUCAUGUUCAGCAGCAUUCAGUUCUAGGUAGUGAAGAGGCUCUUGUUCUUACCAGUAAAGCUGUUUUUGUUUUAACUAAAGGUAAAUAUCGUCCGUCACCUCACAAUAUCUUGCAUGGACGAGUUAUGUUUAUAAAUAGAAAGAACAGACCAGUCGAACAAGGAGAAACAGGUCUCAAUAUAGUAGUACGAUCUUCAAAAUAUAAUGAUUUUGAACAUAUUAAUGGUAUAUUCUGUUUCCUAGGCAUGGAUGGACAAAUGAGAGUUGACAGUCGUGGAAUAACUCCUCCGAUAAAAAAAGGUCAUCAGAGAUUUUCUCUGAGUUCAACAGAUUGUUAUGGAUUCAGUGUUUCAGAUGCAGGUCAUGAAAUUAUAUUUACUGUUGAUAUCCUGAAUGAUUGUGAAACUUUCCAAAGUGUUAAGCGUGAAAGAGGUAAACAUGCUGUUUUAAGAGUUCCUGUCCCUAGAGAUAUUGGUGAUGAGAUGCAUCCAUUCAUUGUUAAAUUAGAAGAUAGUAAUAGAUAUGCUGUUAUUGAUGAAUUACAUUUAGAAUAUAAUCCAAAACGUGAACCAGUCAAUGUUAAAAUGAGCUGAAGUCAUUCUAUUUUAGAUCUUUAUAUUUUUAUAAAUUUUUUAGUCUUUUGGUUUUGUUCAAAUUGUUCUCUUCUAGUUAAGAACUUAGUUGAAAGUGGAGAUUAUUCCCAUUACUACUUAUACAAAACAUGGUGUUUGACAAUGAUACCUUUUGAAAUUUUCCCUGCUCUUUGCAAAUGAUGACUGAACAAAUAUGUUAAAGUUUUUAUCUUUGGUUUUAUUUGGACUACAUUAUUGCAUAUUUGUGCAUGCCUUUGGUAGUGGCAUGAGAAUAUUGACAUUGUGUUAAUACAAUUUGCUGUUACAACAUUUAUAUGGAAAUAAUUACAAAUUAAGGAAUCUCCCUCACGCAAAACUCUGAUAAACAUGUAUGAGUAUAAUGCUCUGUUUUAUUGAUAAAAUAAAGCUUUCAUGCUGAGAUGCAGGAUUUUGUAAACUUUACAAAAGUGAUUUUUUUUAUAUCAACAGUUACAUACUACUUCUUAACUUCAAUUUGUUUUUUGUUAAAAUUUAACAAACAAACAAAAAAAAUUGGGAAGUCAGACUGAAACUCCUAUUUUGAAAAAAAAAAUUGAACACUUUUCAUACACUGACUGCAGUCUUGUUUUCCAGUUGCCCUGUCCAUAGCCUCACACAUGCUGUCACACAAGAAAUCUGUAUCAUGUGUUUACAUAUACAAGUCAAUCAAUCCCUCACUUGAAGUAUAGAAGUAGUUGUUAUAUUGAUUAUAAGUUUCUUUUUAUUUUGAAACCUAGAUGUAAAACUUUUUUGUUCACUCAACUUUUUGUACAUGUAAUUGGAAUUGUUUGUCUUCACCAGGCUUAGCCUAAAUUAUGAUUUAGAACACAAGUUUUAUCCAGCUUAUAUGUACUUGUUUCAUUUUCCAAUGGGACUUUCAAAUAUUGUGCAUCUUAGGACUAACACACAGUAUGCAUGUGAUUUAAAUUUUUCACUCAAUUUAGAAUAUUUUUUUUUAUGGUAAGAAAGCUUGAUUAUGCAUUAUAUAUUGUUAUUCACUAACCAAAGUGCAAUAUAUCAUGUACAUGUACCAUAUUUUUAGUGGAAAAUUGUCUCCUUCAAAGAACAAGCAUUUACCUUUUUGUUGCUAAAACUUUAUAAAUAAGCAUUCCCAUUAGCUAGUCCCACAACAUAAAAAAAGUCCUUUAAAUUGUAAAGUACUUGAAUAAGCUCUGGCAUCGAUAUAGCCUUUUUGCACUGAUGCAGCGUUAAGCAAACAUCUAUCAAUAAAGAAAAGGUCAAAUUGAUUAUUAAAUAGGAUCAUGCAAACUGGUGAAGAAGUAACAAUACUAUGUCAGCUGAAAUAUGGAAAACAAACAAUUCAAUUUAUUUUUAACUAUUUUUUGUUGUUGUUGCUUAUAAAUAUAAAAGUGAUGGACUUUGAAUCUUUAAACAUGUACAUAUAUAUACAAACUUGAACAAAGGGAUGGAUUUGUAAUGCAGUAAGAAUUGAU